AUGAUUAUCAAUAAACUUUGUAUCAUUUUUAUUUUUUUAACAGCUUUAAUAUUCCAGGCGCAUUCUUUAAGUGAUAUAGAUUGUGAAGCUUUAGAUGAAAAUUCAUGUAAGGGUAAUAAUGAAUGUCUUUAUUUACCAUUUGUUGGAUGUUGCGGCGAGAGUAAAUUCUAUUGCGUAAAGAAUCAAGGAAACUGUUUUGACAAUCGUUUAUCUUGUGGUAGAAAUAUAAAUACUGGUAAAAUUUUCGAAUUUUGGUCAGUAUGUAAACCACAAAAGGAUUUCAAAGAUUUUUCACCAUCCAAUCAAACAUGUGACUCUUUAAAAUGUGAAGAAAAAGGUUUCACUUGUAAAUGGAUUGAACCAAAUUGUUACGGUACAUCAUGUUGUACUCGUGAACCAAAAUGUUUUGAUCAAGAUGAUAACAUAGUAGAUCCACAAAAACAACAAAAACAACAACAAUGUGCAUGUCAACCAAAUAAUGGUAAUGGUAAUAAUGGUAACAAUGGUAACAAUGGUAACAAUGGUAACAAUGGUAAUAAUGGUAACAAUGGUAACAAUGGUAACAAUGGUAACAAUGGUAACAAUGGUAAUAAUGGUAAUAAUGGUAAUAAUGGUAACAAUGGUAAUAAUGGUAACAAUGGUAAUAAUGGUAACAAUGGUAAUAAUGGUAACAAUGGUAAUAAUGGUAGCAAUGGUAAUAAUGGUAACAAUGGUAACAAUAAUAACCAAUUUGAUUGUGAAAAUGUUGAAAAUCAAGAUCAAUGUCAAUCAAAUUAUCCAAAAUGUAAAUGGUUAUCAUAUCCAGGAUGUUGUGGUGACCAAAUUUCAAGAUGUGUAAAUGAUCCAAAUAAUAAUUGCUAUGAUAAUCAACUCUCAUGUGCAACUCAUGUUGAAACCAAUAAAAUAUAUGAAAUCUGGAGUACUUGUAAACCACAAAAAGGAUUCAAGCAAUAUUUCCCAUCAAAUGUUACAUCUUGUUCACAACUUGAUUGUGAAAGUAAAGGUAUGGAUUGUGCAUGGUCAACAGAUAAUAAAUGUUUGAGCACCCAUUGCUGUCAAAAUACACCAAAGUGUGUUCCAAAGAAUGAUAAUAAUGGAAACGGAAAUAAUGUUAAUAAUAAUAAUAAUAAUAAUGGAAAUAAUAAUAAUAACAAUAACGGUAAUGGUAACAAUAAUAAUGGUAAUAAUAACAAUAAUGGUAAUGGUAAUAACAAUGGUAAUAAUGGUAAUAAUGGAAAUAAUAAUAAUAAUAAUAAUAACCAUGGUGGUAAUGGAAAUAAUGGUAACGUUGAUUGUGAAAAUGUUACAAAUCAAGAUCAAUGUCAAUCAAAUUAUCCAAAAUGUAAAUGGUUAACAUAUCCAGGAUGUUGUGGUGACCAAAUUUCAAGAUGUGUAAAUGAUCCAAAUAAUAAUUGCUAUGAUAAUCAACUCUCAUGUGCAACUCAUGUUGAAACCAAUAAAAUAUAUGAAAUCUGGAGUACUUGUAAACCACAAAAAGGAUUCAAACAAUAUUUCCCACCAAACAUGACUUCAUGUUCUCAACUUGAUUGUGAAAGUAAAGGUAUGGAUUGCAAAUUAUCCCAAGAUGAUGGUUGUUUAAAUACUCAUUGUUGUCAAAAAACAUUGAGAUGUGUGCCAAAGAAUAACGGUAAUGGUAACAAUGGUAAUAAUGGUAAUGGUAACAAUGGUAAUAACGGUAAUACUGGUAAUAAUGGUAAUAACGGUAGCAAUGGUAAUAAUGGUCAAUCAACUGGUGGAAUGGUUACAACUAGUGGAAUGGCUACAACUGGCGGAAUGGCUACAAAUGGUGGAUCUUCAGUAUCAUCAAGUGGUAAUAAUGGUAAUAAUGGUAACAAUGGUAAUGGAAAUAAUGGUAAUAACAACAAUAACCAAAUAGUUGAUUGUGAAAAUGUUACAAAUCAAGAUCAUUGUCAAUUAAAUUAUCCAAAAUGUAAAUGGUUAACAUAUCCAGGAUGUUGUGGUGACCAAAUUUCAAGAUGUGUAAAUGAUCCAAAUAAUAAUUGUUAUGAUAAUCAACUCUCAUGUGCAACUCAUGUUGAAACCAAUAAAAUAUAUGAAAUCUGGAGUACUUGUAAACCACAAAAAGGAUUCAAGCAAUAUUUCCCACCAAACAUUACAUCAUGUUCUCAACUUGAUUGUGAAAGUAAAGGUAUGGAUUGCAAAUUAUCCCAAGAUGAUGGUUGUUUAAAUACUCAUUGUUGUCAAAAAACAUUGAGAUGUGUGCCAAAGAAUAACGGUAAUGGUAAUAAUGGCAAUGGUAAUACUGGUAAUAAUGGUAAUACUGGUAAUAAUGGUAAUACUGGUAAUAAUGGUAAUACUGGUAAUACUGGUAAUAAUGGUAAUACUGGUAAUAAUGGUAAUACUGGUAAUAACGGUAAUACUGGUAAUACUGGUAAUACUGGUAAUGGUAAUAAUGGUAAUACAGGCAACAAUGGUAAUACUGGUAAUGGUAAUACCGGUAAUACUGGCAACAAUGGAAAUGGAGGAAGCACAAGUUCGCCAGAACCAGCAUUAGCAACAAUUACAAUUGCAACAGGUGGCAAUAACCAUCAAUCUACAGGUGGAACAGGUACAAUAGGUGGAUCUGCUUCAACAUCAACAUCAUCAGGCGGUAAUACCGGACAUAAUGGUAAUACUGGUAAUAAUGGUAAUACAGGCAAUAAUGGAAACGGAGGCAGCACAAGUUCACCAGAACCAGCAUUGGCAACAAUUACAAUUGCAACUGGCGGUAAUAACCAUCAAUCUACAAGUGGAGCAGGUACAACUGGUGGAUCUGCUUCAACAUCAACCUCAUCAGGCGGUAAUAAUGGUAAUAAUGGAAAUGGAGGCAGCACAAGCUCACCAACCCCAGCAUUAGCAACAAUUACAAUUGCAACUAGCGGUAAUAACCAUCAAUCUACAGGUGGGGCUGGUACAACUGGUGGAUCUGCUUCUACAUCAACAGCAUCAAGUGGUAAUGGUAAUAAUGGAAAUGGAAACAAUGGUAGCACCGGACAUAAUGGUACUAAUGGAAACGGAGGCAGCACAAGUUCACCUACCCCAGCAUUAGCAACAAUCACAAUCGCAACUAGUGGUAAUAACCAUCAAUCUACAGGUGGAACAGGUACAACUGGUGGAUCUGCUUCAACAUCAACAUCAAGUGGUAAUACCGGAAAUGGAAACAAUGGUAAUAAUGGUAAUACUGGCAAUAAUGGUAAUAAUGGAAAUGGAGGCAGCACAAGUUCACCAGAACCAGCAUUAGCAACAAUUACAAUUGCAACUAGUGGUAAUAACCAUCAAUCUACAGGUGGAACAGGUACAACAGGUGGAUCAGCUUCAACAUCAACAUCAAAUGGUAAUAAUGGAAAUGGAAACAAUGGUAAUACCGGUAAUAAUGGUAAUACCAGUAAUAAUGGUAAUACCGGUAAUAAUGGAAAUGGAGGUAGCACAAGUUCACCAGAGCCAGCAUUAGCAACAAUUACAAUUGCAACUAGUGGUAAUAACCAUCAAUCUACAGGUGGAACAGGUACAACUGGUGGAUCUGCUUCAAUAUCCUCUUCAUCUUCAGGUUCCUCAUCUUCAGGUUCUUCAACUUCAGGUUCUUCAUCUUCAGGUUCUUCAACUUCAGGUUCUUCAACUUCAGGUUCUUCAACUUCAGGUUCUUCAACUUCAGGUUCUUCCUCAUCAAAUAAUGGUGGAAGUGGUACUGGAGAUAAUGAACCAAAAUUUGCCUCAAUUACAAUUUUAACUAGUGGACAUCAUACUAGUGGGUCAAGUACAACUGGUGGAUCAGCCACAUCUUCAACAACCACAUCUUCAACAUCACAUAGUAAUACUGGAUCAGUACAUGGAAAUAAACGUAGUGCAUAUGGUGCAGGUUGGGGAUCAGGUCCAAACUUUUCAGCAACCAAUGUAGAUAACGUUAUGGAAAUGCAAAAUGGUGGAAAUGAAGUAAAUGAAAACAAUGAAUACUUUGAAGCACAAAAUGGACAAACCAAUGAAAACAAUCAAAAUUAUAAUCAAAACAAUGAGAAUUACAACACAAACAGAGAUUGGUUAUCACAACAACAAGGUUAUUGGUAUACUAGAUCCUCACCAGACGGUUCAUUAGAAAUUCAUAUUCCAGAAAACUAUAAUGACUAUGAAAGACAAAUAUUUGACCAAUCUGGUAGUAUAGGUCGUUCUCGUGAGAAUUCUUAUGAUGAUACCCCUAAAAAUCCAUAUAGUGGUCCAUAUGGUGAUAACUCUUCUCAAUCUAAAGCAACCACAAAUUAA